AUGGCGGCGGCGGUGGCGACGGCCAGGAAGACGUUGGAGAUCAAAUUUCACCGCUUCAACUUCAACCCCUUGCCCUUAUUCGUCAUGCAACCCAGCCCCCCCAACCCCAAGUGGACCAGCACGGAGGUCUUCGCAGCCGGCGGCUACGAGUGGCGCGCGCACGUCGUCCGCAACCUGCAGAGCUACUCCGCCGCCGAGCAGAGCAGCACGGGGUUCUACCUGCAGCUCGUCACCAAGAACGCCAGGGCCACGGCGGCCUUGGAGAUCUGCCUCCUCGACAACACCGGCAGGCUUCUCCCGAGGAAAGCGCUGUGCAUGACGCCCACGGAAUUCGACUCCACCGAUAUUGCUGCUGCAGGGAGGACCGGCCGGAAUCACACGCUAGGAGCCUUAGUACCAGACUCUCAUCUGGACAUGUCGUUGUUCGGGUACCUAGAUCUCCCCCGCGACCGCCUCCUGGUCGAGAUCACCGUCACCGUCUUCUCGGACAAGCCGCCGUCAAAAACCUCCGCAGCUGCUGGUGCCAUGCCGCCGUCGGACCUGAUGGAGCAGCUGGGCGAGCUCUUGGCCACGAGAGACGAAGGCGGCGACGUGGUCUUCUCCCUCGAAGGGCAGCCCAGCAUCGAGAUCGAGGGCAUGACGCGCGACGUUUUCGAGGCCCUGCUGGCCUACAUCUACACCGACUCCCUGCCCGCCGGAGCCGGAGACGAAGACGCCAGCGGCGGCGGCGGCGUGAUGGUGUGGGACCUGCUGGUCGCCGCGGACCGGUACGGCGUGGACAGGCUGAGGGCGAUCUGCGAGCGGCUGCUGUGCGGGAAGCUCGACGUCCAGAACGUGGCCAGGUUCCUCGGCGUGGCUGACCAGUACCACCUCCACGCGCUCAAGGAAGCUUGCAUCGAGUUCAUGACUACCUCGGCUAGGAUGGACGAGAUCGUCCAGACGCAAGAGUACGCGGAGCUCCGUGCCAAUCGGCUCCAUCUGUUGGCGGAGGUGUUGGAGAAGUCGACCAAGUUCCGGUUGGUCCCCACCCAUUAG